AUGAACGUUUCCACGAACCCUGUUGUAUUUUUUGACGUUGUUGUUGGCAGCACAGAAAUUGGUAGGAUCAAGUUUGAACUGUUUGCUGACAUUGUACCCAGAACAGCAGAAAACUUCAGGCAGUUAUGUACAGGAGAAUACAGAAGAGAUGGUGUACCAAUAGGUUAUAAGAAAAGUACAUUUCAUAGAGUGAUCAAAGAUUUCAUGGUGCAAGGGGGAGAUUUUGUUAAUGGUGAUGGUACUGGCUUAACAAGUAUAUAUGGUGGUCCAUUUGUUGAUGAAAACUUUAAACUAAGACAUUCAGGAGCUGGUAUUUUAUCUAUGGCAAACAGUGGUCCAGACACAAAUGGAUGUCAGUUUUUCAUAACAUGUGCAAACUGCGAAUUUUUAGAUGGGAAACAUGUUGUUUUUGGUAAAGUAAUAGAUGGAUUGUUGGUUCUUCGGAAGAUUGAAAACAUCCCAACAGGCCCGAACAACAAGCCAAAAAUUCCAGUUAUCAUAUCUCAAUGUGGAGAAAUGUGA